AUGCCGGACCAGGGCUUCUAUCCAGCUACGCACAUGAACGCUACCAGCAGUCACACGCAGCCAGCACCAGAGAUGCCGAGGAGCGGGGAGGAGCGGGACGCGCAGCUCUUCCCAGUCCCCCGAGACCCUGCGCCUCAGCCCAGAGGUACCCGGGAGGCGGCCGCACCCCAGCGGGACGCGCCACCGCCACCGCCGCCUCAUCCUCGACGGACCCCGAGGCACGCACGGGCCCGGGUCCGGCACGGGCCUCCACGAGAAGGGCGGAACACGCAGGGGCCGGACCGGACCGGAGGGCGCUCAGCCCGCCCGCAGCGGCGCGCAGACCCGGACCCACCGCCCGACACACACCUACCGCCAGGGCCCGCCGGGCCCGCCUCCUCCGGGCGGCAGCAGGAAGUGCCGCCCGCCGGUGUCGCCAUGGAGCCGGGCACGCCGCGGCGCAGCCCCCGUGCUCCCACCCCAGCAGAGCCCGCGGGGCUCCCGAGCUUAUCGGAUAUAGACUGCUUGCGGGCUCGCUCGCUAGGGCGGAGCGGGUUCGUGCUCACUGACGCUCCCCAAGGUGCUGCUAGGGAGGAAACCCGGGUGGACACACCCGCAAGAGCUCAGUACAGGAACCUGCAGCACAGCCCUGAGAGCGAAUCCGCUGCUUUCGAAAGUUUUACUGUGCACGGGAGCACUGCUUGCCCUGAAACCCUUUACCCUUCCCAACGGCAGAGGCCGCGGACCGGCCACAGCACCGCAGGGCUGGAGGACACGGGGCGGGCCAAAGCGCGCUGCCAGAGCCUCCCACCCCGGCACCGACCACCGCGGCGGGGGCCUAGCGCUCCUCGCAGCAUUCGUCCCUUGCGGGGCGGCUCCGUCCUCCCGAGCGUGCCGACCGCAGACCCCUCGGCUUUCCACCAGCCCCGGUGGAAAGCUGGCAACUAUCCCCUCAGACACGCUGCCGCCGCCAUGACGCCGCAGUGA